AUGAAAUUAUAUGAAAAUGAUCUUCAAUCACGUCAUUUAAUGCGUAGUUUUAUGGCAUUAGCACUUUUGCCUAAUGAACUUAUUCCAGAUCGAUUUAAAUUAUUGACAAAAAAAGUUCAUGAAUCUCCUCAAGCAGAACAAUUGAGAAUAUUUUUAGUUUAUUUCGAAAAGCAGUGGUUGAAACAUUUCAGACCAACAAUAUGGUCCAUGUGUGACAGCAAUUGGAGAACAAAUAAUUUUGCUGAAGCACAAAAUCGACGUUUCUUCUCAAGAUUUGUUCAACCACAUCCCAAUCUAUAG